AUGGUGUGGCGUAUAUUGGGAGGGAUUGCCACCUCUCUCCUCUUUUCAGCCUUUGAAUCAUGGCUUGUUGCUGAACACAACAAGAGAGGUUUUGAGCAACAAUGGCUAUCAAUUACAUUCUCUAAGGCAAUAUUUCUUGGGAAUGGACUGGUUGCCAUUUUAGCUGGUUUAUUUGGAAAUCUUUUAGUUGGUUCAUUGGCCAUGGGACCUGUUGCUCCAUUUGAUGCAGCUUCAAUCUUUCUUGCCAUUGGAAUGGCCAUCAUCAUAUCAUCAUGGACUAAAAAUUAUGGUGACUCAUCAGAAAGCAAAGAUCUAAUGACCCAAUUCAGGGGUGCUGCUGUUGCAAUUGCAUCAGAUGAAAAGAUAGCAUUAUUGGGUGCAAUACAAUCUUUAUUCGAGGGUUCAAUGUACACUUUUGUGUUUCUAUGGACACCUGCUUUAAGCCCAAAUGGUGAAGACAUUCCACAUGGUUUCAUUUUUGCUACUUUCAUGUUAUCUUCCAUGUUAGGAAGCUAUUUAGCUUCUCGGUUAUUAGCACACACACUGACAUACAUUGAUAUUGUGUUGUGUUGUGUUCACACACUGUUAAAAGGAUUGGAAAAGAUAAUUGCAAGUGCAGAUAUUCCAAUGUUCGUCUGUCGUGACUUCAAUUCAGUUCCAAGAAGUAAGUCCAUGGAUUUAUUGUGUGUUAGCAAGAGAGCAAAAGAGUGCUAUGGGAAUAUGGAAAAUGCAUUGAAGGAAAAGAGAAAUAUUGAUGUUGCCAUCCGCUAUUAUUUAAUUGCAAUAGAGGCCUUGCGUGCGGCUGUGUUUGCUGAUGGAGUAGUUGCAGAUGAGGCUAGGGCUGCAUGA